UCGGGUCUGUUCGUUUCACUAACUGAGGUUGUUUGGUUCAGUCGCUGAAUGCAGUGAAAAGUUUACACAGCUCAUCAGACAGUCGCUGGUUUCGUGGGCCGAGGAACAACUGAGCUGACGGAUGAGCGGACAUUGUUGUUGUUUUUCUCAGGUGUGACUGGCAAUAGGUGUAGGCAACAAAAGUGCCUGCUCCUUUGUAAACAACAGAGAUUUGAGAUGAAGAUACCGGACGUGAUUCAAGUCCUCCUUUUGGUCCAAAUCCCUGCGGCCUUUUUCAUCACUGCUGUGUUGGCUCAGUCCGACAGCAGCAGUCUGGUUGUUGCGGGCUACAACGUGAGCGCCCCCACUGGCUCUAGGGUGGUACUGCAGUGUGUGAGCGGGCGCAUGGUGUGGACCAGGGACAGUCUGAAGGACAGACAGAGGGUGGUCCACUGGGACCUGUACCGCCCAGGGCCAGACUAUGCCAUGGAGAGGGUGGCAGACAUGUUCUCUGCUGGAGACCAGCGCAUCUAUAAUGGACACAACCAGGGGAGGGUCAGCCUCAGCCUAUCAGCUUUCAACGACGGAAACUUCUCUCUCGUCAUCAGAGACAUUGCGAUAAGUGACCGAGGCCUGUACUCCUGUAACCUGCACCAUCACUACUGUCACCUGUAUGAGACGAUCAGAAUACAGGUCAACGUCACCAAGUCACGUCGUAAGGAGCAGCGGUUCUGGGACGGUCAGAAAGCUGUGUUUGUGGUGUUGGUAGGCAGCACGGUGGUGUUGCCGUGUGUGAAUCGCCGCUCUGUGUGGACAGAAGAUGGCGGUGAGGAGGAACAGCAGGUGGUGCAUUGGGACCGGCAGCCUCCGGGUGUUCGUCACGACCGUGCAGACCGUCUGAUAGACCUGUAUGCCUCUGGGGAGCAGCGCAGCUACGGACCCCUGUUCCUCCAGAGGAAGAUGAACAUCAGCGCUGAGUCCUUCUCACAGGGAGACUUCUCUCUGGCUAUCUCUGCCCUGCAGCCAGGAGAUCAGGGUCUGUACACCUGUCACCUACAUCAUCACUACUGUGGUCUUCAUGAGAGAAGACAGUUUCAGCUCACCGUAGGACCACCUGAGCCUCGGGCUACUGUUGCCCCCAGAGCACCCCACAACCAAGACAAGGAGGAUAGCAAGGCUGAGGCACCACGUGUCAUCAACGUCAUCCUGCCCGAUCAGCGACAUCAUUUCCUGCUGCCCCUGGGCUACAUUCUGACUACGCUCCUCCUCCUGGCCUUCAUUGUGCUUAUCAUCAUCAUCUUUACCCACCGACGCAAGACCAAAGCGGAGUUUUACCCACAGACAUCUUUGAGAUCCAACAGGGGCGACAUGGCCACCAAUGAGUUUGAGAUGGACGUUCCUGAAGUCAAGACGUGCAACCAGGAGGAGAAGAAACUAGACUACAAAAACAACCUGCUGAGGGAGAAGGUUCAAAUGUCCACCCUGCCCAAAGUCAUCGACCUGGACAAAGAGAUGGAGAAGGUGUAUUGGAAAUGAGAGGGGAGUCAGCUUGCUGCUGGCUGGUCCAGAGGCAGACGCUACAGACACAGGUUGCAUUCCAAACCAACCCCUAGGCCCUCUGCUACUGGUGUUUCAGUGUACUGUAGGGAUGUCCACUCUACUCCACUAGUCCCACCUCUACAUUCCACCUCCAGCCUUGCAUUCCAAACCAACCCCUAGGCCCUCUGCUACUGGUGUUUCAGUGUACUGUAGGGAUGUCCACUCUACUCCACUAGUCCCACCUCUACAUUCCACCUCCAGCCUCUCACCCACAGUUAGACCCUUCACUCACAUUUGAUAACCACAAUGUGAUUGUAAAGCUUACUGUAUGCUUCACAGGUGAAACAGUUUGUGCAUAUAUUAUGACGAAAUGUUGUGACGUUUUUGUUCGUUUUGAUGUUCGGCAGGUUCAUGCACACAAAACAUUUUCUUGGGGCAAGUCAAAGUUCGGUAGUCGAAGUCUACACCCUUUUGUCGGGGAUUGGUCAACUGUACUACUCCUAGUAGGAGUGGGAACUAUGGAAGGGAUUCUUCAAAGAAGUGUUUGUUGUCAUUCAACGAGAGACAACUCGUUUUCAUGCACAUUUUUUCACGCGACUAAGACCUCCUCGGCCAAAACGUCAAAACAGAUUUCUGGAUUUAUCUUCGAUUAAUUCUGACUAUUUUGAGGAAGUGUAUACUGGCUAUGUUGUUGCUUCAGCGUCUCGUGCUUUUUUCUUGUUUUUCAAGCGAAGGUCUUUUAAGGGAGUAUGUGAGGCACAGACAUUUGCUUAACCUAGCCGACUUCUGCUAGGAGCAAAGUGAACCUAGUACGUGGGUGCCUUUAAACAGUUACACAGCAAUACUAUUACCUUCAUAUUGUUACAAUUAUGUCAUUGGUUGCAAAAAAUUGCCGUUGUGGGAAGGUAUUUAUUUACAAAGAUGCACAGGGUUUAAAUGACAGGGUUGCCGAAGCCCAGAGUUUUUCCCAAAUUAGGUUAGAUGGUUAGGGUAACUCCAGUCCCUAUGAGGCAGGUACCUGUGUUCUUUCAGCAGCACUGAACCCUCUAGAGGGGAGUGAAGGCCAUGACUUCUUCAGACAGCAUUACACGCUACAGAUAUAAGUUAUCCUUAGACACAGACCUAGGAUCAACCUACAAUCCCAACAUUAACCAUUAAGAGGGAACAAUGCAAAACUGGCCAUAGAUCAGUGUCUAGGGGCAUCUUCAUCCUACUCUGCUUCACAUUCGCAACUACAGUAUAUACAGUAAUUGUUAAUAAAAACCUAUUGUGAGUGAUCAUACUGCCAUCACGUGACUAUAUUGGUGUAUUGUACGGUCACCUUUUGACUGACUAGGUCGUCAUUGUAAAAUAUAACUGGUUUUCAAUGACUUACCUGGCUAAACAGAGGUUAAAUAAAGUGAUACAAGUGUAAUUUUCUAAUAAAUAAGCCAUUGCAUUGCACAUUAUGAACUGUUUUUAUUUGUGUACUCUGAUGCUUUAUGUUACUAUUGUAUUGUAUCGUUAAUGGACUGAAUCCCUUAUACCCGUUAAGUUUUGACACUCUUGUAGCAUGUCUCCUUGUCUGCAUAACAAAUAGCUUAUUGGGACAAUAAAGAUCUACUCUACCCAACUCUA